AUGGACGCCUUGGAGCUGCAAUCUCAAGCAAAUAUUGGAGGCAGCAAAAGAAUAGUUGCAGUAGAUGAAAAUCCAUCCUCCAUCGAUGAAAGUAAAAAAUUUGAUCUUGAUCAUGACCCUCAAGAGGAGAAACCUGGAUGGAGAAAAUUCUUGUCCUUUGUUGGACCUGGUUUUCUUGUUUCAAUGGCAUAUCUCGACCCAGGAAAUUUGGAAACUGACUUACAAGCUGGAGCAAACCAUGGAUAUGAGCUAUUGUGGAUAAUCCUCAUUGGAUUGAUCUUUGCUCUAAUUAUACAAUCUUUGGCCGCAAACCUUGGUGUAACCACUGGAAGACAUUUAUCAGAGUUGUGCAAGGCCGAGUAUCCCAAAUAUGUGAAAUACUCCCUAUGGCUGCUGGCAGAGGUUGCUGUCAUAGCAGCUGAUAUUCCUGAAGUGAUUGGGACAGCAUUUGCACUUAAUAUAUUGUUCCACAUCCCAGUGUGGGUUGGAGUUCUUUGUACUGGGAUGAGCACUCUCUUACUUCUCGGCCUGCAAAAAUAUGGAGUGAGGAAGCUUGAAUUGUUGGUUUCAGUUCUAGUAUUCGUCAUGGCUGCAUGUUUUUUUGCCGAACUAAGCUACGUAAAACCUCCAGCAAAAGAUGUGCUUAAGGGCUUGUUUGUUCCUAAACUCAAGGGUAAUAGUGCCACAGCCGACGCCAUUGCUCUAUUGGGUGCACUGGUAAUGCCGCAUAACCUCUUCCUUCAUUCAGCUCUUGUGCUUUCUCGAAAAGUACCAAACUCAGUGCGGGGCAUCAACGAUGCAUGUCGAUUCUUUCUCAUAGAAAGUGGAUUUGCAUUGUUUGUGGCCUUUUUAAUCAACGUUGCAAUUGUAUCUGUGUCCGGAGCUGUUUGCUCGGGAGGAAACCUUUCACAAGGAACAAUUGAAAGUUGCAAUGAUCUUAGUCUUGACUCUGCCUCUUUCCUUCUCAAGAAUGUUCUCGGAAGAUCGAGCUCUACAAUUUAUGCAAUAGCAUUAUUAGCAUCUGGACAGAGCUCUACAAUAACUGGCACAUAUGCUGGGCAGUUUAUUAUGCAGGGAUUCUUGGACCUAAAGAUGAAGAAGUGGUUGAGGAAUCUGAUGACCAGGUGCAUUGCAAUCACACCAAGUCUUAUUGUUUCAAUAAUUGGUGGAUCUUCCGGGGCUGGACGGCUCAUUAUAAUAGCUUCAAUGAUACUUUCGUUUGAACUACCUUUUGCCCUCAUCCCCCUUCUUAAGUUUAGCAGCAGUACCACAAAGAUGGGCCCUUACAAGAACUCCAUAUAUAUAAUCGUGAUUUCCUGGAUUUUGGGGUUAGGAAUCAUUGGCAUCAAUAUUUACUACCUCAGCACAGGUUUUGUUGGAUGGCUAAUCCAUAACAGCUUACCAAAAGUAGGCAAUGUACUCAUUGGAAUCCUAGUAUUUCCCUUGAUGGCAGUCUACAUUCUUGCUGUGAUCUAUCUUAUGUUUCGCAAAGACACGGUUGACACAUUCGAACAGUCAGCAAAGCAUGAUCCAAAUACCCAAAUUCAUAUGGAGGAUGGGAAUCUUAAUCGAGAUCAUGGAGAUCAUAUUCCACAUAGGGAGGAUUUAGCGGACAUUCCACUUCCUGAGUAA